CGCCAGAUCUAUCUGGGGGGCUUUGCCACAGAGGAGGAGGCAGCGCAUGCGUACGACCUGGCCGCUCUCGGCUGCAAGGGCUACAACGCUGAGACAAACUUUCCUCUGGCCACCUAUUCUGCCGAGCUGUCCACCGAGCUCAAGGACCUGUCACAGGAUGAGGUGAUCUCUUGGGUUCGCCGCCGCAGCAAUGCAUUUGCGCGAGGCAAGUCCAAGUUCCGGGGAGUGUCCGGGCGCGUGGGCCGCUGGGAGACGCGCAUCGGCUCAUUCGGCGGCAUGAAGAAUGUGUCCUUUGGGAUUCAUGAUGAGGAGGAGAGGGCUGCGCAGAUGUACGAUCGCGCCAUAGUGCUGGAGAAGGGCCGCGCUGCCAAGACUAAUUUCCCCAUCACUGAGUACGACAAAGAGAUCGCUGCCUGCCAGUUAUUCUGCACUCAGAGGUGCGCAUGUCCUGUGGUGCAAUUCUUUUGCAUCCAAGCAGAGGGAAGCACUCUGUUCCUUGGUCAGGGAUUUUAUUUAUACGCUUUAUUUAUAUUGCCAGGCUAA